AUGCUGCUAAUACUUUGCCUCUUUGAUACUGAAGACUCGGCCGAAGAGCGCAAGUCUUCUUCUCCUCUAGAGGUCCCUGCUUAUGAAUAUGUCUAUGAUGCAGCAGAGAGAUUGCAGGGACCAGAAGGAAGUUCUGUGGAAUUAACAGUUCAAACCGGACCCGAAAUAAAGCACUUAGCUCUCACGCAAGCAAAGAUUUCACUGAAUCCUGUAAAAUCAAGGCUAUGCGAAGUUCCUGGUUCGGAAAAGAACUACCCCAAAAUCGGUUAUAUUAAGCUAACCUCAUUCAACCAAAAGGCUUCUGCUUCUGUCAAGGAAGUGAUCAAUACUUUAAGGAGUAAUAGCGUUAAUGCCUUUGUGUUGGACCUUCGUGAUAAUAGGUUAGACAAGGGCGUGAUUGUGUAUAUUUGUGAUAAUCAUGGAGUUCGAGAUAUAUACGACACGGAUGGAAGCUCAGCAAUUGCAGCUUCAGAACCCCUAGCUGUACUGGUGAACAUGGAUACUGCAAGUGCAAGUGAAAUUUUAACUGGUGCAUUGAAAGAUAAUAAGCGUGCAGUAUUGUUCGGAGAACCGACAUACGGCAAAGGCAAGAUCCAAUCGGUUUUUCAGCUAUCUGAUGGCUCCAGAUUGGCUGUUACCGUAUCUCAUUAUGAGACACCUGCAAACAACAAUAUCAACAAGGUUUACUUCUGA